AUGCUGGUGGGAAUAACCAAGCACAGUUGCACCUUGGCGUCCUGCGCGCCCUCUUUUUUUUCUGUAACUGUGUGCGUGAAUCCUGUUUUCACCGACGUCCGGAGUUUUUUUGACAUUUCUCUAGAUUUGCUUCGCUUUGUGUACCUGUACCAUAGCGAUAUCCCAUGUCUCGUAACCGAUGCCAACCUCCUCCUGCGCCGCAUUAUCACGAAUGGCAACAGCGGCAGCGACUUCCUCGGUUCCGACAAACUCCUUGCCAUUAUUCGGGCGGUUGCAGAGGAUGCUAUUCCGUCCCUUCGUGUAGCCAAUAAGGCGGGCCCCUCGAUCCCUCCACUACCACAUGAGAUGAGGAGUGGGUUCUACACUGCCUUUAUGUCUCUUGUGGAAGCACGCGAUCACGCGGGGUACAACGUGGAAAAUGUGGUGUCCAAGCUCGCCACACAAAUGAUCUCGCAGGAAUGCCUUUUCGAAAAUCCAGCGCAGACCCUGAUGGACCUCAUUGCACUCUCCCGUGGUAUACAACAGCCGGCUACACUUUUGGUCAUGCUUGAAAGAGUGUUGGAUAAUAAGAGCGAAUUGAUGCGUGUAAUGGACAGAGACACAAACUGUGCGACGCUUGUCGCGCGCUGGUUGGUGGCGUUGUGUACGUUGGCUCAACACUUGUUGCGUGAUAGCCCGAUUAACGAGUUGCAUUGGUGUCUUAGUAGUUAUGUCAUGCGGGCUCUGAACCACUUUUUUGACCUCGUGUCCUUUCCUUCCCCUUUGGUGCAGCAGGAAGAUUUCGGGGAACAAUGCGGCCCCAACGGCGAAGAAUCCCUUUCUCAGUCAAAUCCCACGAUGCUGCUGGAUUUUGACCCUGAUCGCGUUGAGGCAACCGUGGUGUACGACCUUUCGGAGUUCCUCUACUGCAUGUGCUGCGCCCCAUGGAGCAACCUUGGAAUUAUGUAUCACUACGAACGACUCACAGUGGAGAAGUUCUUUAGUGGUUCUGUGCAGUUCUUUACUUUUCUUCCUGUCGACAUGCUCAUGUCUAGUGAAGUUGGGAGGGAUCAGGUGUUCAGAGUCAUGUUCGUUGCCCUCGCUACCGGCGGCCCCGUCUUCGAACAGCUACAUCAACUUCUUGUACGGCUAAAUUUAUGGGACCGGAUUCUUCGCUACUUGACUAAGUGCCUUGCCUAUUUUUAUCUUCCGGUGAUCCUCGAUCUGAUGUUCUUAAUCGUGCACAAAGGGACCGCUCAGAGUUGUGAUGAUAGUAUGAGCGAGUGCGAUAAGAGCCACAGGGAUGCCAUGGCGGGAUCACCACCGUUAUCUUUCUACACAGGGUUAACUGAACGGACCCUUGGCCUGGUCCUUCGUGAGGUAGUUGUACUUGUGGCAGUGUCUCCCCAUUUAGAGAAAAGUGAAUGCAUUCAUGCAUUUUUCUUGAUUGAGAAAUGCUUUCGGUGUGCUCGUGCAUUGUGCAUGGACCACUUCGUUCGUCUUCUUGAUAUGUGUUCUGCCUAUCAUAGAGUUCGCAUUCGACACAUAAUGAACAAUCUCCAAGAGGGGCAUAAUUUCGCUACCUUAAUGAAUCUAUACUUAAGGUGCUUUGGACAAUCCUCUAAGGUAUCCAUACUGGCAGCAUGGUGA